UGGCGACUAUGCCAUAAUUAUUUCAAUAAUAAAAAACAAAAAUUAAAAUUACCUAAUCAAAUUUCCUGAUAACCUGAUCGAUUGAUUUUUAAAUCCGUCCCUUUAUUACCAGAACACUUUUUUGCUAUUUUUACGUGUGUUAAUUGUUAAGGUGUAAGUAUUAAUUAACCACCCCCUCGCUUCACUUUUUUCAAAACAAUUAAGGCUUUUUAAAGUGUCAAAACACAGCCACAGAUCAUAAUGUUAAAAAUAAGGGAAAUUGGACUUGAAUCGAAGUCAUUCUGAAUGUCUUGCAUAUGAGGAAUCAUGUUAACAGCCUCCUGACUAUAUGAUCAAUGAUCUCUAAUACAUAGCAAUGUAAAACACUUUAUAACUCGUGCUAAAUUUUUGUCCCCAAAAAGGCACUCUUUUAUUACUUUUUCAUAAAACUAAGGAUAAUGCAUAAUGACAUUUCUGAUUUUGCGUGUCAAAGAUUUUGUUUAAUCAUUUAUUUUUUUUUUAUUCUUUUAUUGAUUUGGCUUAAUUUACCAUCUCUUACCAUCUAGCUAUUUUUAGCUCCAGUGUUAGCGAUUUAGAUCUACUUAAAGAAACAGUUAUUUUCAAAACUGUCUUCAGAGCACCCCAGGCGUAAGUAGGACAAUAUUUUAAGUAUACAUCAUAGUAAAAAAAGCUGUUUUAGGGGUCGCAGAGCGUUUUUAAAGGGAACAAUUUUUAUUCGUCGGCCAAGCAUAAUGGGCAAUUUUUUUUUUGUUUUUAUAAUAAGAAGUAGGUUUGAUUGCUGGACUAAACAUUGUCUAUUGAAAGAAGUAUAUUGAUAUUUAACAUGUUGACAUAAGAAACACUUUUGUGAGUCCACAAGUAAAUUACUUUUUGUCUUCUCGUUUUAACAAGACAUGUCACUUCGUCAGAAUUAUUUUACGUGAUGUGGAUGUCCAACUUGUGACGCAACGUAAACAAAUCUUAGUUUAUUUUCUUUCCGAUAUCUGCUAACAACUUAAAGUGAAAAGAAAAAUACUGAAAAAGCGGUAAGGCUUGACGUCAAAAUUUAGGGUAUUGUUUAUGAAGAGAAACUUAACGAAACAGCAGAAUAUUUUAUCCUCGACAAUGCGAGAUUGUUUAGAACAAAUGACUCACUCACACUUGGCAGGGUAUAAAACCACGAAUUCAGUACACAUACUUCAUACAAGCAAAUCUUGAAGUAAGACAUUUAUUAACUAUUCAAAGAAAAUGGAUUCAAGAAUAUGUGUUGCAUUUAUGGUAGUUUUUUUUGGAUAUGCUCUGACAACCAAACCACCAGAGCCUCCUGCAGACGCUGUGAAAGAUGACGAUGAUAAUGUUUUGGAUAAUAUCAUCAAAAGAAAUUCUCCAUUGUUAUAUGGAAACAAAGAUGCAUUCUCUGCGAACAAAGUGGAUCUAUUCGAAGGAGACAUUGUAAUGACAAAAAAACUGAAAAAAACAAUCAACGAAAUGCGUGUACGCUCUGCAGCUGGCAUGAGCACAUUUGAUGCUAUCGCUGGAGGGGUGUGGCCGAAUGGGGUGGUACCAUACAAAUUUGCACGCGGAUUUGGUUAUGGAUCAGCCGUGCAGCAAGCUAUCCAAGAAUUUAACGCAAAAACCUGUAUUCGGUUUAAACCAUACACUGCAGCACUUGCUAGACAAGCUGGUGGCUAUGUCGAAUUCAUGCACGGAGGAGGAUGCUACUCAAUGAUUGGUCGACAAAGGCGGGGAAGACAACAAAUUUCAUUGGGAAGAGGUUGUGGUACCAAGGGUGUGACAAUCCAUGAAAUGAUGCACGCUUUAGGAUUUUAUCACGAACAAUCCAGAAGAGAUCGCAAUCAAUAUAUCACAAUCCAUUACAACAAUAUUCGCAAAUCCAUGUGGUAUAAUUUCGACCCCUACAGAGCUGGUCAGGCUUCAACACUUGGUGAACCUUAUGAUAAAAAAUCUAUUAUGCAUUAUGGAAAUUACGCAUUCAGCAUUAAUGGGCGAAAAACAAUCGUUUCAAAAAGCAAUCCAAAUGAGAGACUCGGUCAAAGAGUAGGGUUAACAACUAUUGACAUCAAUCAAUUAAACAAGUACUAUAAAUGCCGUGGUGGUCCAGUUGUAACCAACCCACCCCCUACCGUGUGUAAAAACAUGUUCCCAUUUUGCGGGGAUUUGACCAGCUACUGCAGCAACCGUUGGGUGGUACAAAAUUGUAAACAAUCGUGCAACCUCUGCAACAAACCACCAAAACCAUGUAAUGACAAAGACAAAAGUGGUAACUGCGGAUACUGGGCACGAAAUGGAUUUUGUAAACAUAAGGAAUAUAAAGGAUUUAUGCAAGAUAACUGUAAAAAAUCAUGUAAAUUAUGUUAAAUUAUAAUAUAUAUUUUUAUUUUUUAUUCAAAA